AUGGAAGAGACAAACAGUCCACCUGGCUCACCGGGCGGCCCUCUUCAGGCCGUCACCGCGGACCGUGUGAACCAACAAAGAGAGCGGGAGUCCGUAUUCUCUCACCUUCGUGGUGGCUCAAGAGACAACUCCGUUCAUGACAAGAUCAGCCAGUUCAACAACCUCAGUGUUACUAUGCAAUCAAAACAGUUGGAACGCAAAACCGCAGAUGCUGCUUUGAAGCGUGCCAUGCUUGGCCGCGAAGAGGCCGAGACUGAGUUGCGCAGAUAUAGAGAGGAGAACAAGAAUCUACGAAAGGCCAUCGAUGAGGGUAAAGACCGCGAGCGAAAAGUCGGAGAACGUCUGGAGUCGUUAAUGGAGAACUAUGGCCGAGCAAAGGAAACCCAUGCGCACACACAAGCUUUAUGGGAAAAGGAGAUACGCCGCGCACGAAAAGAGACGUUCAAAACACAAUCAUCGAUCGUCAAGCUCCAAGAAGAACUCAAGUCAGCACGUACAAACGCCAAGAUGAUCGACGAAAACUUCAAACGAGAAAAGGCUAGGAGCAAGGUCCGAGAGCAAGAAGCAUUCGAAGCGCGCUAUCAGAUUGUUGGUGUCCAAGAACAACUAGAUCAAGCAUUGGAGCGUAUCAAGCUCGUCGAGCAGGAACGGGACGCCUACAAGACUGCGGCCAAGAACGAGGAAGUUGCCCGUAUCGCUGCCGAGGGUCGUAUUCCUCUGCCGCCACAGGAUGCUGACGAUGAGUUUGGUUCUCCUAACAAGGACAAGAGUCGAGUGUCAAGAGAUCCUCGAGUUUCUCUGUCGACAAUGGACAUCAUCUCCUCGGAAGCCAGUGAGGUUGAGAUUGAGGAAUUGUCUACUCAGUUGCAGUGGGAGCGUCAAAGAGCAGACCGUGCCCAUGAGAUGAUUGAGUUCUUACAGGCCGAAUGCCAUCUCCGUUGCUGUGCCUGCUCUAAGUCAACCCGUCGUGCCAGUGCUGAAGCCCCUCGCCAGAAACGCCGAAGCUCUUUUGGACUAGAGGGACCAAACGACAAGGUCCAGAAAUUGGACAGUGAGGUAGGGGGCGAGAAACGUGCUGUAACUCCUCCCCGUAUCGAGGAACCGCAUGCCAGGACCGAGUACGACACAGGAGCAGAUGCUCAGCCUAAGCCAGUCCAAGAACAGCACCUCCAAGAGCCUCCUCAACGCAUCAUUAAAUCUAAGAAAGAGCCUCGUCGAAGUACCAUAUUCUGUCCCAAAGAAGGCAUUUUUCGGACAGUUUCGGAGCAAGAGGCCGAGAUCAUUGAGGCACAACGCAAAAUCGAAGAGACUGAAGCAGCUGCCAAGGGUCAGCGAGGAAGUCAUGCUGAGAGCGAAUUUCAGGAUGUUGACGAGGUUGUGAUUGAAGAGCAAGUUGAGGCUGAAACCACGAUCGGUGAUGGCACUGAGAUGGAGCCCCAUUACUCUGGCGAGUAUGAUAACUACCGGAGAUACGCACGAACCCCUUCAGUCGAGCCUCCAGCCUUCGCCAUGCUUGCUCAAGAAAGAACAUCACUAGCCUCACUUCUCAAUGCUCCUCACAGUCACUCGGCACCUGUUCCUUCAGUACCGACCAUGCCAGACGUGGCCGAGGAUAUACUUGUCUCUCCUGACACUCGACCUCACACCACAAAUGCCUUCUACACCGUCACCACUACGACAACCGUGCCAGUUCACGACGACAAGGUCGGGAAUAGUGCAUCUUUCAACGAACGCCUUCGCACACCAUCCCACAACAGCACAGGCACCACCUUCGACAUGUCAAAUCCUGCUCUCACCCCCACCAUGACACGCGAGCAGGCUCUCGCCAAGAUUCGUGAACGUCGUGGCCGUGCCCGUUCAAUGGCACAGGGCACAAUGACACCUAGCCGUCGAAUGGUCGAGGGCGUUGAACGACGAGAUAUGAGUGCUCCCACAGGCAAGGUUGCUGGCAAAGGGCGAUAA